AUGACGUCCCAGGCGGAUCUGGUGGCUCAAGCAGUACUGCAACAAUUCUACAAAUUACCCUCGAAGCGAAAACCUGCUGUUCGUGACAAUGGCGUUCAUGAAUGGGUUCCGCUGAGUGGUAUCGUUGCUGAGAAAGAUGGCAUUCUAACAUGUCUAGCCCUGGCAACUGGCAUGAAGUGCCUACCAGCGUCAAAAAUCUCACAAUCCAAUGGCGUGGGCAUCCAUGACUGGCAUGCAGAGGUCCUAGCUAUGCGAACUUUCAACCGUUUCUUGCUUGAUGAAUGCGAGAAUGUCCUCGAUAGAGAUGACGAGUCGAGUAUCCUCCAGAAGAAGACGAGCGAUUCAAAUCUGAAUGACACGCCUUUGCAACUAUUCGAUAUCAAAGACGGCGUCAAGCUGCACAUGUACUGCUCAGAAGCACCAUGCGGUGAUGCAAGUAUGGAGCUCACAAUGGCUUCUCAAGAAGAUGAUUCAGCAUGGGAAACCCCAACUCCUGAAGGGCUUGCUUCUCUAGAACUGGAAUUGUUCGACGAAAACCUGCGAGAGGAGAUGCGCCCCCAACAUUAUCCAAGUCCUGCUCUGAUAAACUUGCAUUGA